AUGGACGACCUCAGUUCGCAGUACCUUCUCAUGGCAAAUGGGCCUCAGGGCCAGCUGCACGACCCAGCAGCAGUGGUGAGUUUUGUGGAUCAGAUGCAGCUGGUGUUAGAGCGCAGCUCGGCGCCGCGGAAGAACUUCUUGCUGGACCCCACAACUCAGCGUGGCGAUGUAAUCAUCACGGAAGCCACCGCUAUGAAGCCUGGAAACGGCUGGAUCACUCUUCAGGUGACGGAGGGCAUCCGGCGCGGUGUGCACGAGUGGUGCGUGAAGAUUGAGCAUCAGGGCGAGACAACGGAUGGCAGCGGCCUAAUGCUUGGCAUCGUGCCAAAGAGCUUCGCCAAGUAUGACUCUUUCAUUUCGCAGGGCGGUGGGUGGUGCCUGAGCCGUGCGGGGAAGUUCUACGGCCACUGGCGGCGGCAGGACACCAACGCAAGCGUCGUCUUCGGCACCGGUGACCGCGUCACCUUUACUCUCGACUACGAGGCGGCACGCAUGACGGUGCGUGUUGGCGACAAAUCCGUUGUUGGGGAGAUCAGCAACCUUGCGCCGGAGGUAUAUCCUGCCGUCUCCCUCCACUACCGUCACCAGUUUAUCCGUUUCGAGUACCACAAGGUUCACGACCGGCACGCUAAGAAGUUGAAAUGGAUCGAGCGUCUCGCGUUUCCGCACGCUGCCGUGUACCUGCCGCUGACAGCAAAGCAGUUGGAAAAUGUACCGCUGGACUCGUACGUCUUUAGUCCGAUAUUUUCGGAGCGAGAAGGACAAGUGACGCGGCGGAAGCGACGAUGUGGAUCGGCUUCUGUUCAUGCUGUUCAUGCUGUUCCUGCUGCCGCCGCUACGACCGCUACUACCACUACUGGUACUGCUGCUACUACUGCUAAUAAUAAUACUGUAGUUUUGUCUGCUGACUUGGAUGAGGUUGAUGGUGUUGUACAGGAAUAUGAAACGCCGCGUGCGGCGAGUGCACGGCUAAUGGUUGUGUUUCGGGCCGCUCAGGCAGUGCGGCGGUAUUGCAGUGGCAGCGUCACACCCACCGACGCAUUUCUUGCCAGGAACGUUACAGCAGAAAUGCUGCGCAAACAGUGGCACGCACUGGCGAGCCGUGAUGCAAAUCCUAAUCAUGGCGGAAUGGAUGCUGCAUUAAACUGUGGCGCAUUGGUUCUUGUUCAUAUGUUCUCGCAUGCCAGCACUGGUGCAACAGAUGCCACAUUGUUGCCGCUUGUGUGCAGUCUGCAGGAAUAUCUUCGUGGGAUUGCACUCUUUAGCCUCGGGGAGUCUUCGGGAGCUCCGCAUCAUGUUGGAACUUCACUCUCGCCCGAAGUGGUACGUCUGGCGAUAGACAAUGUGGCGGCGCUCCUUGAGCGGGCUCACACAAACAACAAAAGUCAUGGUGAUCUUGGUGGCAACAGCAGUGGAGGUCGUGUUGGCACAGAUAGCACCAUGACUCAUGCUUUAUCGGAGCUGCUUGUUUUACUCUCACUGCAGUGUGGUUCUGUGAGUGAGGUUCUUCGAGCUGUACGGUAUCUUCUUCGUGCUCCCACGCAAGAAGUCUCCCCCGCGACGCUUUUGUGGCUCCAGAACAGUGAGGUGAUGCUUACACCCAAAAGUCAUCUCCCCAAUCUCAAUAGUAUAUAUGAUUCUUUUGAAGAGGAAACAGAGCACCUUACGCCAUUUGAACGCGACUUUGGAUCUGCGAUCUUGUCCGUGGGCUAUGAUAAUGGCUGCGUCUAUGUUCACACCGUUGACAGCCUCACCAAACGGAGCAACGUCGCUGGGGCGUACGCGCUUGUGUGCGCCACCUGCGAGCCGAGAAACUGUUUCCAACAGUGCACAAAAUCCAGCAUUGCAUUUAAUGAGAGUGGUGCAGUCUUUCUCUUGACGAAUCGCAUGGUGGCUGCUGGUCUUGCCGUCGUGGUGUAUAGUGCGGCAUUGGAGAUACGACAGAAGGUGAAGCUUACAGAUGUGCCACAAUGGCCUUUGAGCGCUCGACACAUGGCGCUUGCCUCGGGCCCAGGGGAUCAAAUCCUGCUUGUUUAUGAGGUGCCUGCUGCGCCUACUCCUCCGGCUGCAGCUUCAGCUCCUGCCCCUGCUGCUACAGCUGGUACUAUAACUGGUACUACCGGUGCUGACGCCAGUAGUGCAACUCCUUCGGGAGUCGAAAUGCAAGUGUUCAGCGGAAGCAGCUUUCCCGAAGUGCAGUGGCGCACGACUCUGCAAAUGGCACCCUUCAACCGCACCCUCGGCUAUUGCCUGACACUGCGGAAAGGAAGUGUUGUUGACCUUGGCUCCCCCGAAACAUGUCUGGCCACCGUUGGUGGGCACGUGACAGUGGAACUUUGGAUCAAAAUACUUGAGAAAGAUGAUGCCUCCGUCUUUUACCAGCACGGUGACCGCAGUACAAGUGGGGAGGUGUUUCUGGAGACAGCACGGUUGGAAGGGGCCUGGCGCAUACGCGGUGGGUAUCGCCACGACUCUCGCGGCAUGUGUGUCGUCACGGCGCCCGUCAGUCUGGCAUCUGAGUCACGGUUUCUGCACGUGGCCUUGGUGUUUGACGGGAAUUGGCGUCUGUACUUUGAUAAUGAAGAGGUGUCACGCACCAAACAGGGACCGCAGGUCUCAUUAGAGAAUCCUCGACAGAGGUGGACAGCCGGUAACGACUGUGUGUGCCAGCUGGCUGCUUUGCGUGUGUGGAAGGGUGGCCGAUCCUUUCGUGAGAUUGUCCGCGACUCGCGUCGUUUGUUAGCGGGUGACGAGCCGGGCCUCCUCUGUCAGUACCUCUUCAAUGAACAGAACGGGAAUAUUGUCUACAACCACGUUCGAACCGGUCCAGCACUUAACCGACAUGCGAUUGUGCGAGGACAUUUUACCCGUGUGGGAUGCUUUGAUCACCCACUGUUCGCGUCGUUGCGCAGCAAUGUUUCAGUGGCUGCCGAACCCGCAUCAAACACGACGGCGACUGAGCUCCCUCAACUUGAGAAUACACAUGUGUUUUUCGAUGGCGUACAUCUUGGGAUGAUGGAGCAGAAGAAACGGGCCCUUCCUGGCUUCCCCGAGAUGAAGCAUGCUCACCAGGUGGUCUUUUUCAAUGCCAAAACUGGUUUGAGCCUAAAUAGUAGUUUUGUGUUGCGGCAAAAAAGCAAAAUGGGUUUUCUUGGUUGUGAUCAUAAGGGGAGGUACUGGGAGCUGUUCCAUGCAGGAGCUCAUAUCAACACCCUUGGAGAACAACAACAACAGCAACAAGAGAUUGUGGCUGUAGGCACGAUGUCUGGCCCCUCUGUUCUUUUCCAGGAGAGGAGCGCCGCCGCAUGGCGUUACGGCUCGGAUUCUCUUUCGCAAUCAAUGAGAGGGGUGUCAACCGGAAAUAAUGGUGGUGGCGGCAACAGUGUUGCUACUGCUGCUGUUACUCUUUCAUCGUGUAGCCCACAGCAAAGUGAAGAAGUGCGCUAUGAAGAAAAACGUAUUAAUAUUCACGGGCCGAUAUUAACCUUCGGCUCAUUGGCGCUGUGGUUGCUCAAUAUUUUGUCCUCUUUUGCAGAGACGAGUGACACCGUAUCAGACCACCAGCUUUUCAGUCCUCUCCUGGAUGAUGUGAGUGUUCGGUGUGUGCAGGAGACUCAGCACCUCCUUCGCGAACACUGCCGCGCCGUGAGGGCGUUGAACUCGCGGCGUUCCGCCAACUUGAAGGACAACACAUCAUCCGCAGUGAUUGCUACCGCACUGCGCAUCUUGGUUCGCGUGAUUCGGCGGGUGCGGGAUUUUAAGCUGCAUCCUGACACAAUUAUGCUCUCUGAGGUCAGUGGGGGUGAUGACCUGCGUGACGUGCUACACGAGUUGAGCAUAAUCCAGCGCAGGCGCAGCGCAGGCCGUCAGGAGAGCGAUCGAGCAACAUUACAAACCACAAUUGCAAACCCCCGUAAGGGUGGGCUAAUGGAUGGGGCACCACUUGACGCAACGCAGCGAAGACCCAGCUUACUUGGCGUUCUGGCCGAUAUCAUCAACGAGGCAGGCUUCAAUUUACCAGCAGAGUUGGCGGUUCUUGCCCGCGUUAUCAUUCAAGAGGGUGUGACGCUCUUUUUCCCGAGCGCUACGGUGCGAGCUAAACUGCUGCGUGAAAUAUUGGGCCGUGAUCAGCAGAGCAUGCCCCGCUCCCCAGCACUGAACGUGUUGCUCGACGCUAUUGUGAAGAGCUUCACCGAAAUUACCUCCGCUGCUGCUUUAGUGCGGGCAGCCGAUACCACCAGGAAGGAUAAGAGGAGUGCCAUUGACAUUAACAGCAAGAAGAAGAACGAAUUCAGUGGUGGGGAAAUGGAUACAAAGACGACAGACGAGAAACUUCUUGUGAUUAAGACGACCCUCUCUACGCUAAUGACAGAGUCUGCCCGUCAGAUGACUAGCCAAGUGCCAAACGAGCCGCGGCAUCAUCAGCUGGGCCUUCUCGCCGCCAUGGCAGAGGCCAUUGGGACGUUACAAUUGUUGCUCUUUAGUCAGUGUGGCGGCAUCGGCACAGCGGAGACGAACGGUACAGGGAUGCAACGCGGCUUCGGAAAUGUUUUCUCUAUUCCCCAGCCACCAAGCCUUGAUCUUGUCCUCAAGGAAUAUUACAGGGAACUGUUCGACACGGCGGAGAUGACAUUCAAAACGCUGGCACAACGAUUACCAGUAUCACCUCAGCACUCCGCGGCGCCGGCGGCGAUGGCGAUGAUGUUCGACAUCGUGGGAGUAUCCUUUCUGGGGUCUCCACUGCAUGCGGCUGUGACGGCGCUACCACUGAUGGUCACGCAGGAGGAGUCGGACUGGUUUCUUGAGAAGCUUAACUCUCUCCGCUCAAACUACAACGCACUCUUGCAGCUCAUUCGUGUAAAUUACCCGGUGAAACUUGAGAUGGCCGACCGCUGGCCUCUUCCUGUUCUUGAUACCGCGCUUUUGCUCGCUUCAUCCUGGGUGGCAUCUUUUAUGUGCCUGGGACAGUUGACCUCGAUGCCGUCAGGGACAAAUGUAUCUUCUUUUCCCACGCCUGAAGAUGCAAACGACAUUCUUGCGGGGAUGUGCGAUCAUCCUCUUUUGUCGGCGGGUCUUGGGGCGGCGAAGACAACUGGUAAAGCUGGUACUAUCAUCACUUGGAAGUUGCUCCAGAAGCGGGUAGCUUGGGAAACACUUGCAGGGAAGGAUGAUCCACUUGCGUCAAAGACUCCAGCUGAAGUGUCUUCCGUUAUUUCGUUGGCUGCGGUCGCUGCUGUUCACCUGAGUGGUGCACAACUCGAUCGACUGACAGAAAAUGAACGUGUUCAUCUGCUUGCUCGAACCCUACUACGUUUGAGGAGCGCGCGGAAUGAGCUACUGAAUCGCCGUUCUACUAGUCCUAAUGAGUUUUCUCGCAACUUGUCUGAUGUGCAAGAGCGCUGCCAGUUGCUGCUGCAGAUGAAAAGGGUCGUGGAGGUGGAGAGCACACAGAUACCAUCGCUCUUUCUAGCUCACUCUUACGUGGAUAAGGUGCUGCGAGGGGGGAAACUCAAGGGUAUGCGGUGGAGACGGGCGUUUUACAUUCUGCGGGCGAAACGUCUGUACAAUGCGGCGCAUCUGCAUGGGUGGUGGCCUCUUAAUGUUGAUGCUGCCGUGGAACUCGUGGAGCGCAUCAUCCUCUCUUCAGAAGUAACGGCUCCAACUCUUAAGGCUGCUAUUGAGGCGCGUGAGUUGGAGGCACUCCGCCGCCUUGCUGGGCUGCAGCACAUGCUCCGUCUGUUUAAGUGUGACCCUCUCUCUGCAUCUAAAGUUGCCUCGCUACUUUUCAAUGGUGCCGUUGGCUCUAGGCUGCAUUUUGAGACCGGCAUCUCCGGCUGCUCCGACGCCACGAGGUGCGCUGUGCGCCAUACAAUGUACGACAUCCUCCGCCACUUGUGCGACAUUACCGUAUCAUUGAUAAAGAUGAGUGGUGGUCUAAACAAAGUGGACGGAGGUGCUGAGAAGACAUUGGGCGGAACCGCAUUUCACUCCGCGACCUUCAGUGAGGUUCUCAACAGGAACUGGCUCCCGAGUGACUUUUGCUACUUCAACCAUCUGAGGGUGGCAGAAGUCGUGUUCAGAGCGUUUUGCAGCAUCUUCGAUUCUGCCAACCCGGAGACGCUUCGCCACGAGCGGGCGACAGAGCGUACGCACCGUUACGACGCGAAGGGCGCACGGAAGCAGGCGUCGGUGAGCAACGCGCAAGGCCCAACCGAUGAUGAAGCCAGUGAGGUAAGCUUCCAGCGGACUCCGUACGAGACGGCGCUCAUGGAGUCUCUCAAGACACUUAAAUCGUUAGGUCUGCAGUGUGCGGUGGUGUUGGGCAAUGCGGAUGUUUCACCCAGCGAGCGGCGUGGUUGCAUUCUCUUUCUCGACCAGCUCUUCGAGGUGAUUGAGGCGGAGCUGCACGGGUGCGCCAAGUGUGCGACGCAAAUGUGUUCCCCCACGAGUGAUCGCGUGCUGGAACAGGUAAGCCUGCUUUGCACACUUUCCAGCACUGUCGCGCGUGCGCUGCCUGAUCGAUUCCUGUGCAACGACGAGAUGUGCUCCAGUGCAGCGCGGCUGGCAUUCCGCCUGUGCGUCAUGGCAAAGGUGCUGUCAACGACAACACCGACAAACGCUGUUGUGCCAAAUUUGGCGGAUGCGUGCCUCUAUUCGAGUGCAUUACUUCUACGCCACUGUCAACCGGCUCUUGCAGAUACCCUCUUCAGGGCGGAGGAAACGAUGGAGGUGACACGGCAGGGGAUUCGCAUAUCAACUGAAAAGAGUGCAACACUUGGGUUCUUCUUUGCCUUUGCCCUUCGCUGCGUAUCUACUGGUUGCAUACUUAAUGAAAUGGGACUACGCAACAUUGAUGCGCUGCAUACGCUUGUGUGCGAGUGGCCUUGGGAUGAUUCCUUCUCUGCUCUACAUGAGGCCUUCAGGCAAGACCUUGCUAUGGAGGAAGAUGAGAGUGAGGGGGUGGCGCGGAUUAACGCUUUACGACUGCUCGUGUGGACGUACACGCUUGGUGGAGAGCCGACACGCUUGCUGGGUUUUGGUAGAAAGGUGCGCAUGAGCGUCGAUGAUGCGCUGACGACAACUGAGCCGGCGUACAUCGUAGAGUCUCACCCACAGUCAAAUAUGGUGACCGUUCUGCCGGCUUCUUCGGUUAUGCUGUUGGAUGAACGCGAGGUUUUGCUUGACAGCAUCAUUAACGUAUCACAGGAGGAGGUUACGCUGCCGCGGGCAGACGUUCUUUUUCGUUUUUUGCUGCCAGCGUUGGAGCAUUUUUUCGCUCCAGCGAAGCAGCGUCUGUCGCCACUCAUUUGGGCUGUUGUAGCGGCACUCCUGCGUAUCACAUUGGCUGUGCUGAGAAACGACCCUGCAGCUAGCCAGGUACUGCUCGAAGAGGACAUCAUUAGUCACGUGGAUAAUUUUGCGUUUCGCAUUGCGGCAAAGUUUCCAUUGCCGCUGUCGUAUCUGUAUGAGGUGUGCCCAACAGUGGUGCAGCAGUUGUUGUUGUGUCCGAGGCGUAUUCCAUUCGAUGCAGUUGUUCCCUCGUCAUCGCCUGGGAGUGUGCAGAACUCGCCCUCCAGCGUGACGUACAGCCAGCCCCCGCCAAACCCAGAGCUGCAUCACCUCUUGCCAUUGGGUGGUACCACACCUAUGCCCUCAACAAUUUGUGGCACUGUUGCUGCUGUGAACAACUCACUGGUAACGCGACUGGAGACCGACAGCAACAACAAUAAUAAUAACAGCAAUGUGUUGCCUUCCAUUGUUCGUCUCCCGCAGGCGCACUCCUCACUGUGUCUCACACCAUCUGUCCUUUGCUUCAGCGUGACAAAGGAUACUCCAGGCGGGACACUUACGGUGAAGUCCAGCUGCAAAAAGAGUUGUGUCCCCUUGUGGACCGACGGUGUGACGCUUGAGGCGAGCGUUCUGUUGUACGACCGCCUCUUCCCAGAGCUCGGUGAGGACUUCGUUAUUCCCUUUACAUGGCAACGGCCAGAUAUUCAUUUUACGUUAUUCUCCCUGUAUGACAAGGCGAGCACAGAUGUUGCCCCUUUUAUGCGUGUUUUGUUGAGAGAGGGCAACGUUGACUGUGUGAUGGGUCAUGGAAAAGGGGCAACAACGAUCGUUUCUACAAAAUUACUGCGCGAGGACUGGGACCACUGGAUUCACAUGGCGGUGGUUCUGGAGAGCAAGACUGUAACACUGUACAAGGACGGUGCCGGUACAACGGCAAUUUUACCCAAGCAACUUGGAUUGCGCCUAGAGGCCCUGCUGCGUGAGGGCGGUGCUGACCGACUUGUUAUUGGCCUCGAGACUCGAGGUGGUGCAACUGACAGCAACAACAACACUAACAACAACGAUGAGAGCACCAUCAGCAGCAGUAGCAGUAGCAGAAGUAACAGCAACAUUGUUAUUGGAAACAGUGGGAGUCUCAGCAGUAGUGGAAACGUUACAGAGGGGCUGAUUGUGGCGCUGGAUAGUGUUCGGCUCUGGGGGUGUGCCCGUACACUGAAAGCACAGCGAACAGCCGCCGACUUUGUGGCACGUGAGCAAACAUUACCAGCAGCAAAUGUUGCUGAUGGGAGCACCUUCACUUUCCGCUUCUCGGAGGCCACGGGUAGCCAAACACUCUCAGAGAACAAGGAGUGUAUCGGUACACUGCACGGUAGCGUACGCUGGGCCCCCUUUCCCGUAUUUUCUGGGACGGUGAAUUUAGAUAAGGCACCACGAACCGAUUCUACAAAUCAUUUCGAUCUUCCAUUGUUUAUUCCACGGCGAGAGUUUGAUGCUUUCUUCACCGCCUUUGAGCGCGCGCAGAUGAUGCGAGUUGGAGGAGAAUACUUGAAGAGUCUCAGCGCGCACCUCAGCCGGAAAUGUAUUGUGGCCGCCAUUCGUCAGGCGGUAUCGCCGGCUUACCGUGUCCUGGUGCUUGAAGAACGACGAAAGAAAAGCAGCGCUAUCGCAGGUCGUAGUAAAAGUGCUUCCUCACCACCACCACCACCACCACCAUCGUCAUCAGCAGCUGUUGUGGUGGAUCCACGCCACAUCAUUUCGAGUACGGACCUCGUACGUCACCUUGUUAAUGUGUUGCGGUAUAGCGAUACCGGGGCCAUUGAGGAAGAAACGAUGAAAGCGGUCUCGGAUUUCGUCAAAUUGUGGUUCCGCACCAUUGUGCCUGAGAAGCAGCUAGCAAGUGGUUUUCGGGAAGCCGCAUUUGCCAUUAGUGAGGCUCUGCAUGACGAGGUGGAGUCAUUCUGUGUGGAGCUCCCGCUGCUGUCGCAUGUGACGACGGAUGUUCAGCUAGUGCCUAUUGCAACACUCAAUGGGCCAGGAGGCAGCAUCUCUUUUGACGCGAGCAGUCGGUCCAUUGAACACAUGACAUUGCUGCGUGACCGGAAGCAGAAGGUACUUCUCGCUAAGUACCCCGAUGCACAAGGUGGUUGGCCUGAGUUGGAAAUACCGAACGAUACCCUUUGGAUUUACGCGAGGCCAGUUGUCAGUACACGGUCUGUCGCCCCUUCCAUUACAGUGUCGGCUAGGUCCUUGAAGCCGCUUGUUGUGUGUGGCAUAUUUGGUGCACUGCGUGACGUCUUAAUGACGCACCCGAGGUACCACUGCGGACUGGCCUUCUUUCUAAAUACACCGUUUGUAUCUCUGCUGACGGUGCGCGCUGGGACUACCAAGGGCGCGGCAGUGCCAGCAUGUCGACUCUUGACAGCCCUUUUUGAACUAUGGCGGCAAGUGCCUCAUUUUGCCCCGCAUGACCAGAGCCCACUGAAAAUUAUGCUGGCACAUCUCAAUGUGCCGCUGAUGUCUAUCUUGCAUCGUGGGCAAAUAUCGCCGAGCAGCCCCCCACUCCUGUCUCCUGCUUUUGGACACUAUAAUCCAAUUGUUCAAAGUUCUUUUGAGGUGCUCGUUGCGGCUAUCCGACUUGAAGCGGCAUGGAAAAAUGUUGUCCACGAGCAUUGCACACGAAUUCGCUGGAGGCGGCUCUAUUCGUUAUGGGAACGUUCUAUCGGUUACGGCACUCCCUCUGUACCGCCUACUUCUGUUCCUUCUGUUACUGCUUCUGCUGGUAAAAUCCAAGAAGCGGCUGUACUAGAGCGGGGCUAUGUGCGGCUCAUGCCGCUACCUUCCUCUGGCUCCCCAGUGCAGCACCGGCCCAGGGCAACUAUAUUUCAGCGGGGUAAUGGUGCCUGGUAUGCUUCAUGUGACCGGGGUUCCUUGUCAGCGCGCAGCAGUGUUGGUUUUAAGAGAGGACGCUUUUACUUUGAGGUUCGCAUUCCCGCGAAGGGCGAAGCCAUCUCUGUCGGUGUGGUUACAGAGCGUGCACAGCAACACUCUGUUCUGGCCCCCCGGGGCCUGGGUCAUGAUGGUGAUUCAUGGGGAUUUGAAAGUGCUCAAAUGUGUCGCUUCUACCACGGUUUUCGACAUGAGUUCGCUGUGCGGACGAAGUGGAAGGGACUCGAUGUCAUCGGCAUCUUGUUAGAUCUCGAGGCAGAAACCCUUGCGUGUGUCCACGAGGACCGACAGGUGAGUCUUUUUGACAAUAUAAAGACGAACCGUGGAAGUGGGGGGCCCACAUCUUUUUUUCCUGCUGUGUCAUUUGGCACUGGUGGGGUAGAUGUGAACUUUGGUGCAGCACCAUUUGCGUGCAGUUUGCCUGUUGGUUUUUUACCUGUCGACCCUUCGAAUUACAUGACGUCACCAACAUCAAAGCUAUGGACACUACUAGCAGCUGUCAGCGUCGGGGAAGCCAUUGCUGACAACAACACUAGAAGCAACAACAACAACAACAGCACUAACAACAUUCAUAACGGCGACAUUGUCAUGCCACCCAACAAAGAGGUGAAGCAUUUACCUAUUUUAUUUGAGAAGGCUGAUGCCGCCGCAAUGAUAUACCAAACGGGACGAAGCGGCCCGUUCACUGCCAGUCUUCUUCCUUGCGACAGCAAGACUAAGAUGGCGGCAUUGCAUGGAAGUGAGGUUCGCGCUGAGGAUGAUCCGUGCUUUGUGCGGGGGAGUGUGUGUGUCCGUUCGGGUCGCUGGUACUACGAGGUGAUCCUCCGCGGGGAUGCGCUGGUGAGCAUUGGUUGGGCCACUUCCACCGCAACCGCUGACUGGUCGCGCUCCAAAGCGUUGGGCGACGAUGUUGAUUCUUGGGUUCUCGAGGGGAGUCGAACAACGGCGCGGCACAACAAACACCAGCGCAGCGUGGGAGGACAGCUCUGGAAGCAUGGGGAUGUGGUGGGGUGUAUGGUGGACUGUGACGCCUGUACCAUUGCGUACAGCGUAAACGGUGUUCCACUGCGGGAGGUGCAUGACACAAACAGUGAUGGCAUCCUAUUUACCUCUGUUAACUGUGCGAAUGGGCUCAUGCCUGUGGUUGGUGUGGACCCAAAGAGUGCCGCAGCUGUUUGCUUUGCUGACGACGAGCUCUCAUUUCACCCCCGUGGUUAUCGUGCCCUUAGCACUUCGAGCCCAAUCCGAACAGCAUUGGAGUUCCACUACUGUACGUGCGAUCUAGAGAAGAGGGACAGACGAAAAAGUGGUGGUGGCCGUGGAAAUGUUAUUUGUGGCCCUUUGUUCUCUCCCUCAUUAGCGCGGCAUUUGCUGCUAUCGCUGACGGCUCUAACUGAGUUAAAUUUCCUGAAUGCAUCGGCGUACUGUCUGGAAGAUAUUUUGAACAGGAGCAGUAGUACGAUCCUUUAUGAACGGUUUCAAGGCCGUGAGAAUGCCAUGCUUCUUCUAGUGACCCUGCAGAACCUUACUGCGUUUGCGGAGUGUAUGAUCCCGUACGCCCACGCAGCAUUCCUUCCAGGUGAGUACGACACAUUUCUAUCUGGCCCAAUUUGUCGCUCGCUCCGUCACUGCCGUGACUUCAUGCUCCCAGUCGUGGCCCUUCGUCUACUUCAUGUUUUCAUCUCACACACGAACUCCUCGGGGGAUAACGUCAAAUUGACACUGAACCGGCGCAAGGCAUUGGCGCUUGUGAAGGAUAUGAAUGUUCCUCCUGCGGAACGUCUGCGUGGAAGCCUUUUUGGUCAGGUUUAUCAACUCCUACAUGAAAAGAAUGCGUCCCUUUUCCGCACAAGCAAGAAAUUGUGGUCGGUGAGUUUUGUGGGAGAGGGGGCCGAUGACAUUGGUGGACCGUACCGCGAGAGUAUUACACAGCUUUGCUCGGAGCUGAUGAGCCCGGGCCUCCCACUCUUUAUUCCGAGCCCCAACCAGAUCAAUGAGAUUGGGGAGUCUCGGGAAGUGUUUGUGGUUCGCCCGGUGAUAGAACCCCCUGUUCGUCUUACCAUGUAUCAUUUCUUUGGCCGACUUAUUGCUGGUUGUCUGCGCAGUGCAGAGCCGCUUCCAAUAUACCUCCCAAGUCGAGUUUGGAAGGCGUUGGUGAGGGUUUCAGUGGAUGUGGGCGACCUCGGUAUGGUUGACAAGGCGUCACUUCAAUCCUAUCAGUACAUUCGGCAAGUCGUGUCGUCAAGGAAAGGCACAGGCACAACUGACGAUGAAAUUGCUGAGCUCUGCCCAGGAGGUUUUUCAGUUGUGGAUGAUGCCGGAAAUGAACAGGAGCUCUUCCCUGGCGGCAAAAGGGUUUCGGUUGACCGCCACAAUGUAGACUUAUUUCUCGACAUGGCACUCAACUUCAAGUUAAAUACCAUGGGUCAUGCGCAGGUUAAGGCUGUGGCGGACGGCUUUCAUCAGGUCAUUCCGGCUUCUGCUGUUUCACUCUUGAAGUGGUACGAGCUCGAACAAGUGGUGUGCGGCCAGCCAGACUACGACGCGGACGCCCUACUCGAUUCCGCUCGCUACGAAGACUUGGACCCCAAUGAUACUAUUGUGCUCUAUCUCCGACAAGUGUUGCGGCAAUUUUCCCGUCACGAGCGUGCACUCUUUAUGCGUUUUGUGAGCGGCAGAGAACGGCUUCCCUCUGGGGUGCGGUUGAAGCUGAUGCCUGACACCCACGCACGACCACUGCGAGAUGAUAGCACCAACAAUAGUGGUGGUGGUAGUGGUAGUGGUAGUGGUAGUGGUGGUGGUGGUGGUGUGACUGACGUGUUUGACGAUAACAGGCUUCCCCAUGCCUCUACCUGCUUUUACUGGUUGUCCAUUCCACGAUACAGCUCGGUGGAGGUGAUGCGGAAAAAACUCCUGUUCGCCAUUCAGCAGUGCCUCGAUAUUGACGCUGACUUCGUUGUUCAUGAAAAUGAUAUCCCGGAGGACGAGGUGGAACCCACGCUUGCAGUCAAUGUGGACGAAGAUGAGGAGGAGUUUGAAGACUUUUCCCACCUGCGCUAG